GCGGGGAGGAGCCGCCGCCGGAGCCGGACUGCUUCUGUCGCGGCGUCUCCAUGGCACGUCCCUGGCCACCGACUUCAACGACUUCAUAAGGAGGCGUUUCUGGGCGCAGCCGUGUCGCUCCUGGACAGUUGCUGUGCGACUUGGACAGUAGAGGAGCGCCUCCCAAGUUUUCAUCCAACUGCCACCCCCCAAGCUUCCACCCUCCUCCCCUCAGAGAGGACGUUUGAUGCUGGGCCCCUGAGAUUCUCAUUGACAAGCCCCUCUGGGUUUCCCUGAGCAGAGCCUGCUGACCCAAUUGCCCACCUUUGCGGCUUUGAUGCCUAGCCAUGUCUGCCUCAUCCUCAGGCGGCUCCCCAAGGUUUCCAUCGUGUGGAAAGAACGGAGUAACGAGUCUCACGCAGAAAAAGGUCUUGAGAACACCUUGUGGCGCACCAAGUGUAACUGUGACGAAGCGAACCAUGAAGGACCGCUCUUCAACUCCCCCCUUACACGUUCACGUGGAUGAAAACACCCCUGUCCAUGUCCACAUAAAAAAACUCCCGAAACCUCCAGCGACCAGCACCCAGAAAUCUCAUAAGCGCGGAAUGAAAGGGGACACCGUGAAUGUGCGGCGGAGUGUCCGGGUGAAAACCAAGGUACCUUGGAUGCCCCCUGGAAAAUCAUCUGCCCGGCAUGUGGGAUGCAAGUGGGAGACUCCACCUCAUUGCCUGGAGAUCACACCUCCAUCUUCAGAAAAGCUGGUCUCAGUGAUGCGCUUAAGUGAUCUCUCUACCGAAGAUGACGACUCGGGAAACUGUAAAAUGAACCACUAUGAUAAGAAGAUUGACAGUCUAAUGAACGCGGUUGGUUGCCUCAAGUCUGAGGUCAAGAUGCAGAAGGGUGAGCGCCAGAUGGCAAAAAGGUUCCUGGAGGAACGGAAAGAAGAAUUAGAAGAGGUGGCCCACGAACUAGCGGAGACAGAGCAUGAGAACACAGUGCUCAGACACAACAUUGAACGCAUCAAGGAGGAGAAGGACUUCACCAUGCUUCAGAAGAAACACCUCCAGCAGGAGAAGGAGUGCCUCAUGUCCAAGCUGGUCGAGGCUGAAAUGGAUGGAGCUGCCGCCGCUAAGCAAGUCAUGGCCCUGAAGGAUACCAUCGGGAAACUGAAGACAGAGAAACAAAUGACCUGCACGGACAUCAACACCCUAACGAGGCAGAAGGAACUGCUCCUGCAGAAGCUGAGCACGUUCGAGGAGACCAACCGCACCCUCCGAGACCUGCUGAGGGAACAGCACUGCAAAGAGGAUUCCGAGAGACUAAUGGAGCAACAAGGAGCACUACUGAAAAGGCUUGCAGAGGCGGACUCCGAAAAAGCGCGCCUGCUGUUAAUGCUACAAGACAAGGAUAAGGAGGUAGAAGAGCUCCUCCAGGAAAUACAAUGUGAGAAGGCUCAAGCAAAGACUGCAUCUGAGCUUUCAAAGUCCAUGGAGUCUAUGCGUGGGCAUCUGCAGGCGCAACUUCGGUGCAAAGAGGCUGAGAACAGUCGCCUGUGCAUGCAGAUCAAGAAUUUAGAGCGCAGUGGGAACCAGCACAAGGCGGAAGUGGAGGCAAUUAUGGAGCAGCUGAAGGAACUGAAGCAAAAGGGAGAUCGAGACAAAGAUACCUUGAAGAAGGCCAUCCGAGCCCAGAAGGAGCGCGCUGAGAAGAGUGAGGAGUACGCUGAGCAGCUGCAUGUGCAACUUGCCGACAAGGAUCUUUAUGUUGCUGAAGCUUUAUCCACUCUGGAAUCAUGGAGGAGCCGCUACAACCAGGUUGUGAAAGACAAGGGCGACCUUGAGCUGGAAAUUAUUGUCCUGAACGACCGGGUGACAGAUCUUGUAAACCAGCAACAAACCUUGGAGGAGAAGAUGCGGGAAGAUCGAGACAGUCUGGUGGAGAGACUGCAUCGGCAGACUGCUGAGUAUUCUGCCUUCAAGUUGGAGAACGAGAGGCUGAAGGCGAGCUUCGCCCCGAUGGAGGACAAGCUCAACCAGGCCCACAUUGAGGUCCAACAGCUGAAGGCAUCAGUGAAGAACUAUGAGGGGAUGAUCGACAACUAUAAGAGUCAGGUGAUGAAAACCAGAUUGGAGGCUGAUGAAGUGGCUGCCCAGCUAGAACGCUGUGACAAAGAGAACAAGAUCCUUAAAGACGAGAUGAACAAAGAGAUUGAGGCGGCACGUCGGCAGUUCCAGUCCCAGCUGGCUGACCUGCAGCAGCUGCCUGACAUCCUCAAGAUCACGGAGGCUAAGCUGGCCGAAUGUCAAGACCAGUUGCAGGGCUAUGAGAGGAAGAACAUCGACCUUACAGCCAUCAUAUCAGACCUGCGCAGCCGGAUCGAACACCAGGGGGACAAGCUGGAGAUGUCGAGAGAGAAACAUCAGGCUUCCCAGAAGGAAAAUAAACAGCUGAGUCUGAAGGUGGAUGAACUGGAGAGGAAACUGGAGGCGACCAAUGCCCAGAAUGUCGAGUUCCUCCAGGUGAUUGCCAAGAGGGAGGAAGCCAUCCACCAGUCCCAGCUGCGGCUGGAGGAGAAAACCCGGGAAUGUGGGUCACUGGCAAGGCAGCUGGAGAGUGCCCUUGAAGAUGCCAGGAGGCAGGUGGAACAAACCAAGGAGCAGGCACUCUCCAAGGAGCGAGCAGCCCAGAACAAAAUCUUGGACCUUGAGACCCAGCUGAGCAGGACCAAAACUGAACUCAGCCAGCUGCGGCGGACCCGUGAUGAUGCUGAUCGACGCUACCAGAGCCGGCUGCAGGACCUUAAAGAUCGCCUGGAGCAGUCCGAGAGUACUAACCGCAGCAUGCAGAACUAUGUCCAGUUCCUAAAAUCCUCAUAUGCCAACGUGUUUGGAGAUAGUCCCUAUACCUCCUAUUUGACAAGCUCUCCCAUCCGCUCCCGGUCUCCCCCUCCCUGAGGCCAGCUAUCUAGGGCCUGGAGCCCUGCCUAGUGCCCUGGCAACUGAGGUAUUGCCAAGCCAUAGCUGGAAAGCCUGUUGGUUUUCCUCUCUCGCAGUGAUGAAGUAUGUUUAGGGUCGUGUCCUUAGCUACCAACUCCAGAAGAGCCCCUAAAACAGCACAGGAGGAAGUGGGAAGCUCUUGGUUUUCUCCUCCCUCAGUUGCCUUAUGGGAAUUUCUCCUUGACAGGCCUUACAUUUACUACUGCACUGGGGUACCAGAUUUUUACUCACUUUGACUUUGCCAAGAUUCUUCUUUCCUAAGUGAACAUUUGGAUUGGACUUUUUCCUCCAGUCCCUGUCCAGCCCUUGUCUUUUUAGGAAUCUCUGCCCUGGGUUUUCUCUGAUCUGAACUAGCAGGAGCCGCUCCUAGGUUGUGAGCAUCUUCACUUGCUUUUUUUCUUAUGGGUAUGGUAGGGUGCAGUGUUUCCCCAUGCUUGAAUUUCCUUGAACCACUUGCCUCCAAGUAUUUCACAGUAGAUCCUCAUAGAGGCUCAUUUCCAUCUGUCCUUUUACAAGCAUAAUCCCAAUCACAUUGGGCUUUUUUUCUUUUUGUAUCUCUGGAAUGCAUUUAUUCUUGAAAUAUUUGUGUCAUUUUAUAGAAAGUUUUUAUAAUUAUUUAAAUUCCUUUGGAUUAUUUCCUGUACUACCCACUCCCACCCCCUUUAAAAAAAAAAAAAAAGAAAAACUAGUAAAUACGGGAGAGAGAGUGAGUAAAUGAUUUCAAAGUACUUUGUGCAUGAAGCACCAGGCUUUUCACUUCAGCCCAGCUUGGUUCUUUCUCCUUCAUGUGCUUUCACUUGACAACGUGAGAGAUGUCCAGAGGAAUGAACUUUGUAAGGCAUUGCUCAAUGUUUUAGGCAGAUCACUUUAGGAAGGGGAUGGGAUGUGCUUAUAAAACAUGACUUGGUUAAAAAGAAUAAAAUAUGAAUUGGUUUCUGAA